AUGAGUGUAUCUAUGCAGGUAAGAGGUGGCCAGCUAUGGGGAACAGAUAUAUACACAGACGAUUCGGAUCUUGUUGCUGUUCUCAUGCAUACAGGUUACUGUCGUCCCACUGCUUCUCCUCCUCCACCGACAAUGCAAGAGUUGCGCGCUACUAUUAGAGUCUUGCCGUCACAAGAUUACUACACCUCCAAGCUAAGGAACAAUGUCCGCUCUCGAGCAUGGGGAGCUGGAAUCGGAUGCAGUUACAGAGUUGAGCGGUGCUAUAUACUGAAGAAAGGAGGUGGAACUAUUGAACUGGAACCCUCGCUUACACACUCCUCAACUGUGGAGCCAACACUUGCACCAAUGGCUGUUGAAAGAUCUAUGACCACCAGAGCUGCAGCUUCGAAUGCUCUGCGGCAACAAAGGUUUGUCCGAGAAGUGACAAUACAAUACAACCUCUGCAAUGAACCUUGGAUCAAAUAUAGCAUAAGCAUUGUCGCUGAUAAGGGUCUCAAGAAGCCUCUUUUCACCUCAGCCCGCUUGAAGAAAGGAGAAGUUUUGUACUUAGAAACACAUUCAUGCAGGUAUGAGCUCUGUUUCGCGGGAGAGAAGACUAUCAAGGCAAUCCAAGCCUCACAACAACAAUCAUCACAUGAACCUAUGGAGACAGAUAGUAUUAACAAGUCACAGAACCAUCUGACAAACGGUGACAAAACAGAUUCAGACAACAGUUUAAUCGAUGUUUUCCGUUGGUCACGCUGUAAGAAACCUCUCCCGCAGAAGGUUAUGCGGUCUAUAGGGUUUCCACUCCCAGCAGAUCAUAUCGAGGUACUGGAGGAGAAUCUUGAUUGGGAAGAUGUACAGUGGUCACAAACUGGUGUUUGGAUUGCCGGAAAAGAGUACACUCUUGCUCGUGUUCAUUUUCUCUCGCCCAACUAAAACCAAGCUUUUAUUGCUUUCCUUUUCUUCUCCUUACAAAUCUCUUUUAUCCUUCAUUUUAUGAUUAGAGAGAACAGUUUCUAAGGGCUGUGUCUUGUGUACUUCAGACUAAGAUAUAAUCAAUCUCCGUUUGGAUUUUU